AAGAGUGCUCCCCACGGUGCCCUCGGCGCACUUCCAAGAGUGGGAAUUCAAACACAGGUUAGAUAGACAUCUGUCAGGGAUGGUGUAGACGGAGCUUGGUCCUGCCUUGAGGGCGGGGGGCUGGACUCGAUGACCUCUCGAGGUCCCUUCCAGUCCUAUGAUUCUAUGAAAUACCGAUCCCCCGUAUCCCUGCCCAGCGUGAGUCUGACAGGUAGGAAGGCUGCAGGUACAAGUCCGAGAGCUCAGAUUGCCUACUCAAAAUGAACACUGCUGUAUGGAAACAGCUUGGGAGUCAGAAGAGAAUUAGGUUUCCACAGUCCAAGAACUGACUCAUGUAGAUCUCAGAAGGCAACACCCCAGGCUGCAUGACUCUGCUGGAGAAGCGUAGUGCCUGAGCGGUUCCAACAUUUCUGUGCUUCCUGUACAAAGGUCAGAGGUCAAACAUCCCAGGGUCUCUAACGAUGUCGGGCAGAAAGGAGACGUUUAAAAGCGCGGGGGAAAACCAUGGACACAGGUAUGGAAUUGUCAGAAGAUGCGAAGUCACCAAAUGGAAAGUGAAAAUGAAAACAGGGAAAUUUUAAGAGCUAGAAAAUGAUGAAAGGAAAAAUAUCCCAGCAAAUAAAGUCGGGGACAUGGAGGGCUUGCACAGAUCGCAGGCAUCUCUCAGGCCACACUUACUUUGGCUUAAGCUGUGUGAGACAUUAUCAUGGCUACCAAGACUCAAGGACGCCUGUGCCUGUGGCAGCUUUGCCAAUUAUUGCUGUUCUCCGCUGGAGUCAUGUCACUGGACUGUAACCUACUCCAUCACCAGCAAAGCAAAUUUAACCGGUACAGCCUACAACUGCUGCAAAAAACGGGCAGAUCAUUUCCUUUGGAGUGUCUGGGAGACCUGACAGCCUUCCAGUUUCCUGAGAAGGUGCUGAAGCACAAGUUUCCACAGCAUGCCCAGAUGGCUGCCCAUGAAAUUCUCCAGCAGCUCUUUGGCAUCUUCAGUAGGAACCUGCUCCAAACUCGCUGGGAAAAGGGAGAUGUGGAGCUGUUUCGGAAUGGGCUCCAUCUGCAGACCAAACACCUCGAGAAAUGCCUAUCUACUAAGGGAGGGCGCCCCAUUCUGAGACUGAAGAGAUACUUCCAGAGGAUCAAAGAUUUCCUCGAGAAGAAGAAAUACAGCACCUGUGCCUGGGAGACUGUCCGACUGGAAGCGCAGAGAUGUUUUCUAUAUAUGGACAAGCUCACGGUCAUGAUGAAAAACUAGGUGACAAACAUUUUACUGUAUUUGAGAAGUUUGGGAGAAGCAAAGAACUGGGAGCAAGAAAGCAGCUGACUUCAAACUGAUAACAGACCCUGUGACCCUUUUCCAUUCCAUAUAUUUUUGACUGUUUCUCCUCUACAAAAUGGAUAAUAUGGCAUAUACUUUAGUGGGUGGGGUUGAUUGCUUUAAGUGCUCUGAAGACAAAAGAAGCUACAGAACUAUAUGAAUGCACUUCAUGUAUUAUGUACACAGCCUCAUCCAAAAGCUAAAAAAAAAUGUUACAGUCUAUUUUGCAUGGGAAAAAUAUGUUUCAAAUGUUAUUUAUUUUCUUUGUGCAUUGUCAAAAAUUAAUCCUAAGUGUGAUACUGGGGAUUGUUACAGCUAUAUUUAUUUAUAUUUAUUUACCUAUAGCUAUUAUAUUUUUAAAAUAAAAUGUUUGACAAAAAAAUGAACUGAUUGGAAUGAAUGUGUUCUGUGAGCCGCUGUUCCCAAUGCUUCUGUGAGCCUCACAAUGUUUAUUAAUGGAAUGUAACUUGUAUUAGGCUAAGGUAGUGGUGGUACCUGGACCUCAGUGGUUCAGAAGUCAAAUUAGCAGUCAAUGUUACCCAAAGGAGGGACAGAUGGAUGAGAGCGGGGGAGGGUGUCAUUCUCAGAGGAAAAUGACUGACCAUGUUAUUUUAUCAAUUACAACUGCUAACACCACAGUAAAAACACCCUGGUUAAUUAAAUCAGACUGUUUUGCUGGCUUGUGCUGCAAAGCUGCAAGAGACACGUUAAAGCUGAAGUUCACAAGCCUGAGUAUCACUGGCUUAAGGAUCUAACCAGAGGCAGCAGUUUUCAGGGGCAACCAAAGUAGGGCAGAAUCAUAAUGGAUGGAAAUUGGAAACAAAAUUAGAGCCUUCCCGGAUAUCGCCAGAUCCGCAACGGGUGGCAGAUCACACAAUCAG